AAGCCUCGGCACAUGGCCUGGAUCUUUUGGGUUGUUAAUUUAAAAAUGGAGGAUGAGCGCUUCAUCUAUUAAUUAAUAAUGUAGCUCUCUGUCUUCCUGUGUGUCACAGGCUGGAAAGGCGGUGAUCGGCCAAUAAAGAUAUAGGAGAAAAAAGUCGAAAGCUCCUCCCUGCUGCUCUUCCUCGUUGAGAGCUGAAGUAGAUCAAAAACUUCCGUGGAGCCGGAAAAGAAACAAACAGAAAAAGGAUCAAGAGAAAGGGAGGAAAAAGGGAAACGGGACUGGGGGAUGCCGCUUCUACACCGAAAGCCCUUCGUGAGGGAAAAACCUCCGGCUGACCUCCGGCCCGACGAGCACGUCUUCCACUGCAGGGUCACCAACGAGAUCUUCAGGGACUACGAUGAAUUUUUUGAAAGAACUAUUCUUUGUAAUAGUCUCGUCUGGAGUUGUGCUGUCACAGGUAAAUCUGGACUUACCUAUCAAGAAGCACUAGAAUCUGAAAGGAAAGCCAGACAAAAUAUCCAGAACUUUCCAGAGCCUCUCAUUGUUCCAGUCUUAUACUUAGUUACCCUCACUCAACGUUCACGACUUCAUGAAGUUUGUGAUGACAUCUUUGCUUAUAUCAAAAACCGUUAUUUUGUUGGUGAACUUGUUGAAGUACUUAGGAAUAAUGGUGAAAGAUUGCACUGUAAAAUUUUGGAAGUUAAAGCACCAGUACAUCAGAAUGGAAUGGCCAAUGGCCAUGCCAAAGGGGUUGAUGGUGUCACCAUUAUCAUUAGCGAUAGUGAUGAUUCAGAUUUAGAUACCAGUUCUGCACAAAUUGGGAAUGAAAAAGCCAUAACUGAUCCUUUUUUGUACAAGUACAAAGUGAAGCCUAUAAAGAAACAACUAUAUGAGUCUGUUACAGUGAAAACAUCACAGAUACGCCGAAGAAAGCAUCUUUUUUCUUAUGACAGGCUAAAGCUUUUUUUGAAGCAACACUGUGAGUCACAUGAUGGCAUUAUUAAAAUUAAGGCAAUAUCAGUUGCAAAAUACAAGAUAGCAGAACAGACUUUUUCCUAUCUCUUUCCUGAUAAUCCACCCAUCUUUAUGUUCAGUCCUUCAAGUAAACAAAAGAGGAGACCUUCAAAGCUGGCAUCUGAUGAUCAUGAGGACAGGAUUGCUGAAGAACAUUUUUGUCCUAGAAAUCUAAGCAACACAGCAAAAGAAAGAGUGAAACUCCAAAAUGAAAAACAGCAUAUGAGAACCAGUGAAAAAUUAAAAAGGGAAAAAGCAAAUGCUGUGAGAUACAAGAGAAAAGAGAAACAAGACAAAGAAAAAAGAAAAGAAGAACUAAAGAAGCUUGUGGAGGAAGAAAGACUAAAGAAGAAAGAAGAGAAGGAGCGACUCAAAAUAGAAAAAGAAAAGGAAAGAGAGAAACUACGGGAAGAAAAAAAGAAAUAUCUAGAACAUCUAAAACAGUGGAGUAAGCGCAGGGAAGACAUGGAAUGUGACGAUCUUAAGUAUGCUUGGACCUGGAAAACUCUAAAGAUACAGUUCCAGAAACCCCAUGGUCAUUUGUACAUGUUUCAGAAUACAUCCAUCUCUUCAUUCUAGUCCUGAGGUGGGCAACAUUUUUUUCUGUUAAAGAUUGCAUUCCUUCUCUAUUGCAUGGUGGACAGAAUUAAAGCAAGUAGUGGUAGUUAGGCCAAAGCCAAAAAAACCUUUAUCUUUCUGGCACUUCUUUCUCCAUUUUCCUAAGAAGCAGGGUAAUAAUUCUUAUCCAUGGUCUGAACUCAUCCCUUGCAGGAGUGAGCGGAGAGUUGAACUUAGUCCAGGUUGCCAUAGAGUUCUUACAAUGGAGGUGGAGGUAACUUGUUUACAGGUAAUCCUUACUUAACUACGGCAAUUGGGACCGGAAUUUCCAUUGCUAAGCAACACAGUCAUAAAGCGUGACAUGUGACCAUGCCGCUUAGCAAUGGAAAUUUCUGCACUUCCUGUUGCAUUCGUUAAGUGAGGACAUCACAUGAUCGCCAUUUGCAAUCUCCUGCCAGCCUCCCCAUUAACUUUACUUGUAGGAAGCCAGCAAAGAUGGUCACAAAUGAUGAUUAUGUGGCUGCGGGGACACUGCAACUGACGUAAGUAUGAGGACCAGUCAUAAGUACACUCAUUCUGCGCUGCCGUAAGUUUGAACAGUUGCUGAAUGAGUGGUCAUUAAAUAAGGACCAUAGUAGUUCCAUACAUCCCAUAUGCAAGGCAGAAGUGUUUUUUGGCCAGCAGAGACAGUGCAUAGUGCCUAUAAUUUACCAGCAGAAAUUAUCUGUGGGGAGAGAUGAAUAUUUCCUUGAGUGCUAGAAUAGGCAGAAAAGUGUUAGGCAGUACCCUUGGAGAUAAGGAACAAUAUACACACAUGAAAGUGGAACUGUAGAUGGAGGAGCAAAAAGGACUGCUACGUGAGUGGUUUGUAGACUGUGGUUUGUAGUCUGUGAGCCAUCAUCCCUUCUUUUACCAGUUCAGAAUGCUCUUAACUCUCACUGUAAGAUAUUUGAAUAAUGUUUGGUUUGUGUAUUUAUAUCUGGAAUCUUAAGUUAAUUUCUUGGUAGGACAGGAAUAUGAAAACUGUGACCCAGUAUAGGGUGGAAUGCCUCCUUACUAAUCUCAUGCCCCCAAACUUUUCUCUCUCUUACUCACCCCUCACUUUGUCUAUCUGCUGUUUUAUAUCAUUGUGCUUGUCUCUGCCCCUUCAUGUUUUCCCCUGUACAUUCUGUACAAUUGCUGCUUUCCCAUCCCUGCACUAAACUGUAGAAUUUCCUUAUUUGCUUCCCUAAUAUCUCUACCACUUUGCUGCCUCUGGGCCACAAUCUCUAGCUUCUCUGUUCUCUUUUAUAAUCCACAUGCUCUCUAGACUUACCACACUGCCUUCCCCAACUAGUGCUUCCUAAUCCAUCUGCUCUUGGGUCUCCUAUAUGGUCUUCCUUAAUCACCAUCAAAGACUGAGUCUCUCCCAAGUCUACUCAUGAGUUGCUAAAAUGUUGUAGCUUCUCCACCCCUUCCAAAAAGAAACUGUGAAAAAAAAACUUAAAUGAAGUUGUGAAACUGACACUUUACUCAAUGUCUUAGCUAUCUGUACUACUGAAAAAACAGGCCACACUGUUUGAAACAGCUGAAAGAAGCAACUUCAUAGUGUCAUAGUGCUCUCUACUGGUGAAGAAAAGAGUAUCAGCCAUUUCUUCUUGUUGAUUGUUGUUUUUUGGGCCAUGAUGGAAUAUUGCUGUUAUAAUCCACUUCAAUAAAAUAAAAAUAAGAAAUAAAAGUGAUCCUUUCACUUCUGGACUAUGGCUUUUGACAUGUCUUGCAAAGCUUAGCCUAUUUCUAGAGCCCAUAGAAGUUAUUUAUCCUUCUGGUACAGGUUCUGGGUACAGACCAAUAUGUUAUCGUUGUGCUUGAAUUCUCAUCUAUGUUAUAAAAUAGAACCAUUUUGUGAAAGUAUCAGUUCUCUAACAUUCCUGACACCAACAUUUGUUUUUUGGAACUCUUCAGUCUGUAUAACACAAGAGAUAAAGGUUCAAAUCUAAGCUUCCUGCCUUAUGGUUUGUGGUUUCUAUAAUGUUUGUAUGAUAUAAUUGUUGCUGAUUUAGUAUAUUUUAUUUUUUAUUUUACAGCUGGGCAUUCAUUUUGUUAGGCUGGCCAUUUUUGUCCCUCCCAUGGAAGUGAAUGGGAAAUUCCAACAUCAUUAAAGGGUUAAAGGGUCCUAGACAUUUUGUAAACCAAGAAUGACCAACCUGCAUCUUCAUGAAGAAUGAGACUCAUGAGGCUGUACAAUAUCUCACUUGUAAUCUCCAGGGUCCCCAAGCGUAGAUAGGACUGAAGUUUUAGGUAGGGUUCUGGUAUAGGGAGGGGUAUAGGGAGGGUAUGAUACAUUAAAUUUGCAGAGGCUUAAGACAUUCAUUUCACCCAUUAACUUUUCCCUGUCAGACCGACUUUUCAUUUUGCCUCUUAACCUUCCCUCCAUGCAAAGGGAGAUGAACAUUUCAACUCCAUCCCCUCUGCUAAUCAUGUAAUGUCUCUGGGCCCAUCAUUUAUGGUCUAUAGGCAGAAUGUGCUUCCCAGGCCAAAAAGGAUUGCCUAUCAUAAUGUAAGUGAUGCCUUUCCCUAUGUCAUCUACUUUCUUGGCAUGAUUUUUCUGUUCCAAUCUGAACGUUUAGAAAAAAUCAUGAGAAAUGCUGCUUGUUAUUUUUAAAAUUAUUAAUAUUAUGUCAGCAAGAAAUGCCAACCCAAUGCAAAGAAGGAGAAAAGAAGUUGAAAAAAUCUCUUCCUAGUCUUGGGAAUUCACACGUUGUCUGCUACAUGGAAGGGGGACUGUAAUGGUUCUAGAAACUAGUGUUCUGUAAUAUAUUAUGCUUCAUCAAAAAUAAAGAAUGGGCAGGGGAGAAAUAAAAAGUCAAAAUCAGAUAAAAAAUAAUAUAAAUCAAGAUAAUUGAUUUCACAGUCACACACACUUACAUAGCUAAAGCUAGGCAUAACAGGCACCCACCCAAAAAGGGUUCAUUUACCAUCCUGGCCUAAAGCACAGGAGAAAAGUUAGGUCUUCACUGCUCUACAAAAGGCUAAUAGGGUUGGGCCCACCUAAACCUUGAGCGGGGAAGUUUGUUCCAUAGGGGAGACACGGCAAUAGAGAAGAUAGGCCCCAUUAGAUGACAAAGUCUCAGAGCCAGGAUCUGGAGGAUGCUCACCCUGUGCAACCUAGAGGGAUGGGUGGGAAAAAAUAGAGAUAGGCGGUCCUGCAAAUAACUUGGCCCUGUGCCAUGUAGGGCUUUAUAGGUGAUACUUUGAAUUGUAUCUGGAGGCCUACUGAGAGCUAGUGCAAUUUAUGGAGUAGUAGCAUUGCAUAGAUAUUUAUUUUUUUUAUUUAUUUAUUUAUUAAAUGUCUCCCCCCAAUGGGGGACUCUGUGUGACUCACACAAAACAUACUGAAGUAUCCCUUUUACUACAUUCAGGACCCAUUGCAGCUUCAGGUAGUUUUGCCUUCAGGACCCAUUGCAGCUUCAAGACAGUUUUCAAAAGU